AUGCACACUGCACUGAGUCACGCUGUGGACCCCAGUGCUGUGCCGCUGGGAAUAGCCCCGGCGUUCACGCAGAGUAGCGGCGCGAUCCUGGCCCUGACGAACGCCGUCGGGCUUUGUGGUCUUCAUGAGUGGUCUCCGUGGAGCUGUGUUGGUUGCUGUUGA